CUGGUCUGGAGACACACCUGAUUCCUCCACUGCUGACAGGUGAGCCACCUGAGUCCUCACCCUCAGUCAAUCAGAUCAGCCGCUGAAGACACAGACGCCACAGAGAUGGACAUGUUCGCUGGCCUCAUCGCGGACAAAGUGGGAGACAUGGUGGAGGGAGCGGUGAAGAACGCUCUGGGCGUGGACGACAAGAAGGAGGAGAAGAAAGGAGGCUUCAGGUCGAUAUUUAAAGGGGACAACGACGAGGAAAAGGAGGAGAAGGGAGGAUUCUUCUCAUUCGGACACGAUGAUAAGAAGAAGAAAGAUGAGGAGGAAGAUAAAGGGUUCUUCUCCAAGAUCUUUCAUAAAGACGAUGAUGAAGAUAAGGGGACGCAGAAGAAAAAAGGCUUUCAUGGCCUCUUUGCUGAGGGACCAGGAGGCAUGGGAGGACCAGGAGGUGGUGAGGAGGCAGGAGGACUCCCAGACCGGACCGUCGCUGUGUCUGACAGAGACCUGUUUGAUGAUCUGAUGGACGUGGCUGAAGAAACAUCUAAGAACUGAGGCCUCCUGGACCUGGAACCUUCAUCCGGAUGAAAUCUGUCAGAACUUCAUGUUUUUCUGUCGUUCUUCCUGAAUCUGUGUCAAAGGCUUGGAAAUUUAUUUAUAAUAAAGAAAUAAUGUUUUAGUGUAAUAAAAUUAACUCUGAAUCAAG